CGAGGUAGUGAAAUACUGGAGUGUGGUUGAAAUAGCUACCCUGAAAGCAUUUCCAUUGGCGGAGAGCCGGAAGAAAAGGGACGCUAUGGGAACACUGACAAAAAUCAUCCGGGCAGGUGCACUGUAAAUUUUUGUUUCAGGUUUUUUAACUUGCCUUUAUUGAAGGCAUUCCUAUUUCACUUCAAAUAGCAAUCUGAUAUCAAAUCUGAUGAUUGGAUCCAUAUGAAAAGCUUUCCGUCCAUUCAUUUCUUUAUUACAUGUUCGAUAUUUUCCUCGUAUCAAAGUGAGGGUAGCGGAUGUGCCAUAUGAUCAAGAUACAGACUUGACUCUGUUCAAACACAAAUCUUGAAAAUUUAACAGAGCCAUGUGACAACGUCAAGGUCAUUUUCAUACAUUCAUCCAUUGAGCUACUUUUUUAGGUCAAAAGCCUUUUUUUAAUUUGGCCACAAGAAUUUAAACUAUUUUUGAAUGGCAGUUCACGGCAGCCCUGAUUGAAGGCAAACCAUAACAAAAAGAAGAAACGAACACUCGCCAAACUCCUACCUUCCUUCAUUGCCUCGAAAUAGACCUCCAAGGGUUCAUCCUUGAUUGCCUCCCUCGUUCCUGGUAUUUCCAAUAGAAGCAUGAGCCUGUGUCUACCUUUAAGAGAGCCCGUGGCCUUUGAACCCGUCGGCAAAGUCACCACGGUCUUCUACGAUGAUCGCAAUCACCAGAUCUUUUCGGUCCGUUCCGGAGGAGUGUGUGGGAUCGUGGUCAAGGGCUUUCAAGAGGAGGACCACGCUACCUUCCGAUUGGAGAGUCAGAGCCCCAUUACAACUAUACAAAUCUCGCCUGAUGCGCGAGUUUUAGCUUUGCAGCCUUCCAAGAGCGAAGUGCGAUUCUACAGCAUUCAGGAAAUGGGACCCAAUGGCCAAUUGGAUGGUCGCUAUUUCGCUCAAUCCUCGAGAGCGAAAACCGGGGCCAUGAUUUUGGGAUUUGUUUGGCUGAGCCCUUCCGAGAUCGUGUAUUUCACGAGCCAAGGCGUGGAAAUGUUCUCGGUGUUAUUGGAUCGGCGGUUGCUCAAAAGUUUGCGGUCUCACGUUCAAACCUUGUCUUGGUACGUGUUUUGUCCGCGAUCAUCACUGGCAGUGGCAGCAUCGCAAACCUUGACCAAUUGGGUACAGCCGUUCUAUUUUAAGAACGGUUGCAUCUAUAAAUUGCCCAAGAUUGAAUACGACGGUGGCACUCUACAAUUGAAGGAGCGAGACGUGUCCAUCUUGAACCUGUACGAUCAAACUUACAUUGGGGUGGUCGUUCACAAAGAGGAUUCGCCCGUGGAACUCCAUUUGUAUGCUGUGACCAAAGAGUUCACGCAAGUGAAUAAAACAAAAAUUCUAGAGAUGCCUGUGCGUGGCCAGAUAUCGCUGAACGUAGUCGAUGAUCUAGUGAUCAUCCAUCAUCAGGCCUCGCUGAUAUCUUAUUGCUUUGACGUGUCCCUAAGUGGAAGCUUCGAUGGCACCGCCACUCAUUAUAGCCCGAUCUGCUCGGGUCAAGUGUCCUUGGAGAGUGAUGAGCUCUUCGAGAUGUAUUCGCCCCACUGGGUCAUUUUUCGGCCCGACGUGAUCGUGGAUGCCAAAGUUGGACGAAUGUGGAAACUGCACGUGGCAAUCAAUACGAGUAUCGUGGCCGAAAUUCAAGAAUUGCCCAGUGUAGCCUCAUUUCUUUUGAACCGGAGCAAUGCCAAGCAGGUUCUUUUGGAUGUGCUCCUACAGCAAAUUCCUGAGACGAAGCUCUCCACCCUCCGCAGUGCCUUUGACAUGAUCAACGAAGAUUACUCUCACUACCUCACACGACAAGCUCAACCUUCAAUAGCUUUAUCGGUUCAUACAUUUACCACUUCAAGUUCGACCAGUUCCUUGUUCAAGUUGAGCAACCCGGAAAAGGUUCCCUCAAAAGUGGUUCUAGAGCAAACCGAUUUCUACACCAAUCUUUUCUCACCUUUAAGAGAAGACGUGUUCUGCUACGACAUUGAGAAUUGCGAAGAUGAGGAGGCUCUUCACCAAGAGCAGAGCCGACGGCGGAAGCGAUUGAUCGGCGUGCUCACCGAAUACACAUCCAGUUUGAUGCAGGUCAACAUUUUACCUGAAUACUUUCUGGACGAGCUGAUCAUCAACCUAUAUGUCCAAGGGCAGCAAUGGUAUCAAAUCCAGCAGCUCUUGCAAUAUCAGGUGAUUUCAGAUUCCAAACCCAUGGCCUGUUUGUUGCUUUCAUUGGAAAAGGUAUUCCCAGCUUCUUACCAAUUGGCCAUGGAUAUGCUCCAUCGUUUGACGAAUUCGAAUGAGGAGAUAUGCGAAAUCUUGCUCUCAAAGGGUAGAGUGACGUCAGCCUUGCUCUUCGCCCACUCCAAAGGCUUGGACCACGUUCCAGCCAGAAAGUUCUUGGAAGCCUCUCUUGAAUCUGAAACUGAUCAAGAUUUUUACAACGUGUAUGAUUUUUAUAACCGCAAGGAUCUUAUCCGACCUAAUCUGAAGAAAUUCACAGAACUGUAUGAGCGAAAGUGGCGAAGAAGAGGCUUUGG